UUCCUCAGUCUGUGGUCACAAUGGCUCGCCAGCUCAUUAUUAUUCUUGGAUGUGUUUUCGCGCUUGUGAUGGCUUCAAUGAAUUGCCAGAAUGCCUCUGACAAUCCUGAAGUGACGUUUAGUUUGGGCAAGGUCAAGGGCUCGCUAUUCGAGUCUCGAUUAGGCAAGAAAAUUUACGCUUUCAGAGGACUGAGAUAUGCUGAGGGACCGAUUGGGCCUCUUCGAUUUAAGCUCGCAAUUCCUGCUAAACCGUGGACUGGGGUAUUUGAUGCCUCUGAGGAAGGCCCAUCCUGCCCCAGACAGAGUGGACAAAACAAAAGCGAUGACUGCCUUCGCUUAAAUGUUUACACCACCAAGUUGGGAUCUGAAACCAAAAGGCCAGUAAUAGUAUUCUUCCACCCUGGGGCAUUCGUUGGGUUCUCCGGACAGAGUUAUGUUUUUGGGCCUCAAUAUAUCAUGGACGAAGACAUCGUUCUGGUCACUGUGAAUUAUCGACUCGGUGCAAUAGGGUUCACAGCCACUGGUGACGCAUUAGCUCCCGGUAACUUGGGCCUGAAGGACCAGGUCGAGGCCCUGCGGUGGGUUAAAAAAAAUAUUGCACCGUUCGGUGGCGAUUGCGAUUUGGUAACGAUCGUUGGAUACAGUGCUGGGGCCUGGAGCACAGCCCUGCAUAUGUUGUCGCCAAUGUCAAAGGGUCUCUUUCACCGUGCCGUGUCCAUGAGUGGUGCCCCCACCAAGCCGGUUCCUAUGGUGCACGAGCAAACGGAAAUCGCUAAGAAACAGGCAACCCUGGUGGGGUGCCCCAAUGACAGCACCGAGGAGAUGCUCAAGUGCAUGGAGAACGUUCCCCACGAGAAAAUGGUCUCGACCUUUGGGAAAUUCAUGGAGUGGCAUGAUAAUCCCAUUCGCGUGUGGAGCCCGGUGGUUGAGCCUGAUAUUCCUGGAGUCGAGAGGUUCAUUGUGGGACAGCCUGAUGAAUUGAUCAGACAGGGGAAAUUUCACAAGGUGCCCUACAUGGCGGGUACGACGAGGGAUGAAUUCGCUAGUUUGGCCAGAUUACCUGUUGUCGAAGCAAGAAAAGGGAAUAAUUCAGUGUUCGAUGAUCUGAAUGAAAAUUGGGAUCGCCUAGCCCCAAUCAUCUUCGCGUACGAGAGAAAUACAACCGAGUCGAAGAGGAUCAGUAAAGAGUUGAGAGAUUUUUACUUCAAGGGGGAGAAAAUUGGAUUGGCCAAUUGGGAAAAAUUAGGACAGUUGUAUUCCGAUUCAAUCGUGAAAUUCCCAGUCAAUCGAAUGGUGAAUUUGGUCGCUGCUCACUCGGAUCAACCGGUGUAUUAUUAUCACUUUGUGUAUCAAGGACGAAAGAGUUAUUACGUGUGGCCGGAUACGAGGAAACCUAUGGGUGUGGGUCAUCAUGAUGAGUUGAUGUAUCUCUUCUUCAUGAAGGUCUUCUUCCCUUACCUCGAGCAGGACGCACCGGAAAUUCCAACUGUCGAACACCUAACAGCCAUGUGGGCGAGUUUCGCAAAAACUGGAAAUCCCGUUCCCCUAAAUAAUCCGUUAUUCAAGGGUGUUAAGUGGGACAGAUUUACUCCUGAAAAUAAGGAGUACCUUGAAAUCAAUGAAACACUCACAAUGAAGACGAACGUGGACGGAGCAAGGAUGGAAGCUUUCGAAAGAAUUUUCCCUCUGGCUCCGGUGAGACCGACAAAUUAAGCGCCUUAAUUUUAAAAACCGAUUUUUCAUGUGAAAAUUUCUUGUGAAAUCGACGGCCUCGGCACUUUAUAAUGUAAACAAGUGCCUUCGAAAGGAUUUGCCGGGUGAAUAAAAUCCUAUAUAUUGAUUUGAAGACCACGAAGGUCAA